AUGGGACGAGGGGCUAGGUAUUCCAGUUUGCAAUGCAACGAGCUCCCAAGUUCCCACCUGUCUUUCUCAGGGUCCAAGUCCUCUUGCCCUCCCGCCACGCUUGAUUGGCUGGCUCUGUCGAUCCUAACGCUUGGCUUCCGAGGCGGCUGGCACAGGCCACCAAUUGUCUCUCCCAUUCAGAGCGGCUUCUGGCUCAUGAGUUCGUGCAGGCGUCUCGAGGCGUUCGCGAGUGCAAGCCAGGCACGUCAGGACAAGCGCAAUGUAUGCUCCUUUUCCUGGUGUUGUCUCGUCGUACUAGACAUGGAUCUCUUGGCCGUUCAUACUUCACGGGAUUGUAGUGUGGGAUCUCAUUGCGCGCCUUGA